CACAACAGCUGCAUCCGGUGGCCUCUCACAAAAAAGAGAAGGCCGCAUUUUGUUGCAACGAUCUUUUCAAAAAGACAACACACACCGAAAGCAUUGGAGAGUAGUAAACUAGCUGUUGUCUCUAUUAGACCUACCGCACCAUGAGCAAGCCCUUUGACUAUUCGAAAUGGGACAACAUUGAACUUAGUGACGAUGAAGAAGAUGUGCACCCUAACAUUGACAAGGAGAGUUGGUUUCGGAUGAAGCACCGCAGUCGUGUCGAGCGUGAACAACAUGAAGAAGCCGACAAGAAGAGGAUCAAAGAGGCGAUGGAAAAAGCCAAUCAACGUAUUAUGAGUUUGAAGCAUGAUUUGAACAAUAUCAAGACCACGGCCUUGCAACUCAAAGAUGAAGACGAUGAUGACGACGACGACGAUCUGGAUGAUGGUGAAGCUCUCAAGGCCGAAAUUGCAGCAUUGGAAAAGGAAAAUGCCGUUCGUCAAGCCAAAUUGGACGAAUACGAACGCAACAAAAAGUGGAACGUCGACAACAUGUGCGUUGUCAAGGAUGAACGCACAAUGAUCAAUCCGGACGGAGCCAAAAAUAAUUACACGGAAACUGGAUUUGCAAAGUCCACCACCGACGGAAGUGACGUCAAAAUUGGUACCGAGGAAAAGAAGAGCGAGGAAAAACCAAAGGCGACAACUACUACCAAAGAAGACAAAAAGCCGGCUGCAGCUGCUCCCGCAAAGCAAAAGGCGACUACCACGACAACUACCAAAACCACCACUACCACGACUGUAGCAAAGAAGGCAGGACCUACACCUUCGGGUCCUCAACGUGAUGCGUCCGAUAUCUCCAUUAUGAGCUACUACGAAUUCACCGAAAAAUACUCCGACACGGUGGAAAAUUUCAUGGCCAUUACAGAUUUGGAAGCAUCCAAAGAAUUCUUGCUAAAGAAUGGAAACAUCCUAUUGCAAGAAAAUGCGUCCAAUUACCUCUUGCUGGCAUCACUGGAAGACGAAAUGAAUGGAUACCGCGAAAAAAUGAAACAAACGGCGCGACAAUCCCAACUCAUCUCCAGCAUUGCCGAUCUGGCUCGCAGUCUCAAUACGCAUCCUGGAAAUGUCAUUAUUCCUUUCUUUGGACGUUUGCAACAGAAGGAGUACCUCGAUGGAUUCUUGUCGGGUGUCAAGGAUUUCCAGGAAAAGAUUGUCAAACGGGCUGUCACGAAGAAAAUCGAAAUGGAUCGAGAGCGAGAAGGGCAAGCAGGACAAGGAGUUGAACUUCAGGAUGUCCCUCCAGAACAGCGUUUAGGUCCUGGUGGGUUAGACCCACUUGAAGUUGUGGAAACUUUACCUCAAGUUAUGCGAGAUGCAUUCGAGUCGAGAGAUGUUGAGGUAUUGAAGGAGGCACUGCUAUCCUUGGACCCAAAAGAUGCCGAGUAUCAUAUGAAAAGGUGCAUUGAUUCAGGUCUAUGGGUGAACCAAUCCUAGCUGCACCGCGACAGCGUUUCGUAGGGAUGCAACGAUGACAAAAAGGUACUAUUAUAGUACGGUAGUAGAGUACAUGAUUAAAGGAGGAUGCAUGAUUUGGUUAAAAUCAGAUUGCUACCAAGUAGUAGGCUUUGAUAAUGUUCCAUUCCUUCUACGGACAAAAUACCAUACUGGACAAGGUUCUCUCCCAAAAACAACGACUGGGCCUGAAAGUUGUCAGAGUUGAGAGCGUUCUUUUAUGUGAGAAGCAAAGUGUUCAAAUCGAGUGAUGCAGACAUUGAAAGAUGCAUUGCUCACCCUUCCCAAAGAGAGUUUAUGUAUGUGUCUAGUUUCAUGUAUACGUAUAGGUUUCUUUCUCCCGUGGCGACGAAUGCAUAAAAGCACCAGGUGCAGCAUUGAAUAUAUGA